GAAAAGCAGGACAGCCCAUGCAGGAGGCAUAUACAUGAACUCCUCCCCUCACUCUGCGAUCUGUUACGUCCUCCUCCUCCUCCUCCCCCUCUCUCCGGAGCCCGCAGCAGCAGCACAGGAGCUGCCGUGCCUCGUCUCUCUCACGGAGGAGAUCCCGAAAAGCCGGAGCAACAGCGAAACCCCCGUACAGCCAUGGCAGAAAACGCCGGCUUGGAAAACCACCGCAUCAAGAGCUUUAAAAAUAAGGGACGUGAUGUCGAGACUAUGAGAAGACAUCGAAAUGAGGUGACGGUUGAGUUGAGAAAGAACAAACGAGACGAACAUCUACUGAAGAAGAGAAACGUCCCGCAGGAGGAGAGUCUGGAGGACUCUGAUGUCGACUCAGACUUCAAAGGACAAAAUGUUACGCUUGAUGCCAUCUUACAGAACGCUACCAGUGAUAAUGCAGUUAUCCAGCUCAGUGCUGUACAGGCAGCUAGAAAACUGCUCUCCAGUGACAGAAACCCUCCCAUCGACGACUUGAUAAAGUCUGGGAUCCUGCCCAUUUUAGUCAAAUGCCUGGAAAGGGACGACAACCCCUCUCUUCAGUUUGAGGCAGCUUGGGCUCUGACCAACAUUGCCUCUGGGACGUCGGCACAGACUCAGGCUGUGGUUAAAUCCAAUGCAGUGCCCCUGUUCCUGCGACUGUUACACUCUCCCCACCAGAACGUUUGUGAACAGGCCGUAUGGGCUUUAGGAAACAUUAUAGGUGAUGGUCCACAGUGCAGGGAUUAUGUUAUCUCCCUGGGCGUGGUGAAGCCUCUGCUUUCUUUCAUCAACCCAUCAAUCCCAAUCACCUUCCUGCGCAAUGUUACCUGGGUCAUUGUUAACCUUUGCCGCAACAAGGAUCCACCACCACCCAUGGAAACUGUACAAGAGAUUUUGCCUGCCCUCUGUGUGCUAAUAUAUCACACCGAUAUUAAUAUCCUAGUCGACACAGUGUGGGCUCUGUCUUAUCUGACAGACGGGGGCAACGAGCAGAUCCAGAUGGUUAUAGAUUCUGGUGUCGUUCCAUUUCUUGUGCCUCUCCUCAGCCAUCAGGAGGUGAAAGUUCAGACGGCAGCUCUGAGGGCAGUGGGAAACAUUGUGACAGGGACAGACGAGCAGACACAGGUUGUGCUCAACUGUGACGUCCUCUCACACUUCCCCAACUUGCUCACACACCCUAAAGAAAAGAUUAACAAGGAAGCAGUCUGGUUCCUGUCCAACAUUACAGCUGGGAACCAGCAGCAGGUCCAAGCUGUGAUCGACGCUGGACUGAUUCCGAUGAUCAUUCACCAACUGGCUAAGGGUGACUUUGGCACUCAGAAGGAGGCAGCGUGGGCCAUCAGCAACCUCACCAUCAGUGGGAGGAAAGACCAGGUGGAGUUCCUGGUGGAGCAGAAUGUCAUCCCUCCAUUCUGUAACCUGCUGUCGGUGAAGGACUCCCAGGUGGUGCAGGUCGUCCUGGACGGCCUGAAGAACAUCCUCAUCAUGGCAGGAGAGGAAGCCAGCACUAUUGCCGAGAUCAUAGAGGAGUGUGGAGGUUUGGAGAAGAUAGAAAAUUUGCAGCAGCAUGAGAACGAGGAUAUCUACAAAUUAGCCUUUGAGAUUAUCGAUCAGUACUUUUCAGGAGAUGAUAUUGAUGAAGACCCCAACUUGAUCCCUGAAACCACUCAAGGAGGAACCUUCACCUUUGAUCCAGCUUCCAACAUGCAAACAAAGGAGUUCAAUUUCUAAAAGCCAGGGUGUUCGGUUCAACCAGCUGCACGGGUACUCUGUAAUCACCCCAGACAUUCAUCCAUCUCUCCUCCAACCUGGCAAC